CAUUCUCCUCUUCUCUCUCUCUCUCUCCCUCCUCCCUCACUCUCCAAGCGUGGCCUCUGCCUCUCAUUACUCUCUCUCUCGCUCUAAACAUUUCUCUCUCUAAAACCCUCCAUCUGUAUAUCUAGCUAGACCAUCAAAAAACACAAAUCAGUUACAGUGUCUCUUUUGUUCCCUUCUCAUUUCCUCUCACUCAUAGCCAAAAAACAACAAGGUUUCUGUCCUUGGAAUGUCUGAAAUUGUUCUUCUACCUCCUAUAGUAUCACUCCCUCUCUUUUGCAGCUUUUGACACUCUCAAACCAGACAAUUACAAAAGAGAAACAGUUUUUAUCAUCUUUGAACCUUCUUCUUUUGUGUUUCUCAAGCUAUAUACUUCACUACUUGUCCUGAAUUUCCAUCAUAUGAAAUAUUCAUCAAGCAUAAAUCAAGAAAUGGAGAGGUGGGAUCGAUAUCGGUGUCGGCGAGAACCAGAAAACCCUAACCCAUCUUUCUCCUCCACUCUUCUCGACGCCAUCUACCGUUCCAUCGACGAAGAUGGUGAGAGAGAAGAAGAAGUCGUGUUUUACAGAGAAACCACGAGAAAGAAACACAGCAACUGCGCUUUCAAGGCCGACACUGCUAUGGAUGAAGACAUGGCAAGUCUCCAACGAGCCUGCAUGAUCGAGAAGUGGAUGGACAAGAAGAAGGUGAGUGAGAAGCUCGUCCUCCGCCGGAAUUCAGCUCCGGAAUUCGAGAGAAAACGGAGAGACCACCACGGUGGUGGUCGUGGCGAGUCCUGGUUCCUGAACUCGAGCUCUAGCUCUUCUGAUUCGAGUUCCGGAGGAGGGUUCUCUUCCUCCGAAGCUGAAUCCGUUUAUGGACAUCCGGCUAGGUCAUCCGCCGGUGGUGGUGUCGCCCACCGGCUGAGCCCUAUCCGUACUAGUAGCUCAGCUCAUCAACAUGAAAAGUACUCAACAGUGACAAAACCUGAAAGCGGUUUCAAGUGCUCCAAGAAAUCAAAAUCCUUAAAGAAUAUAUAUGGAGAUCUCAAGAAAGUAAAGCAACCGGUCUCACCCGGUGCUCGUCUCUCCAGCUUUCUCAACUCUAUAUUCAGUGCCGGAAAUGCAAAGAAAGCAAAGGUUUCAUCAUCUUCCUCAUCGUCGCCGGAGAUAAAAUACUCCAAUUCUGCUCAUUCCUCAACAUGCUCAUCAGCUACUUCAUUUUCGAGGUCCUGUCUCAGCAAAACACCCUCUUCUAGAGGAACACUGAGCAAUGGCACGAAAAGGUCUGUUAGGUUUUAUCCUAUUAGUGUGAUAGUUGAUGAAGAUUGUCAACCAUGUGGACACAAGUCUUUGUAUGAAGAUGAACCGAGUUUGGAGAAGAUUAAAGAUAUCAGAAACUCCAUCAAUGAAGAGCUUCAGCUCCAUAUAAUGGAGAAGCACAGGCGAGUCGAGGAGGCUGCGAGAGAGCUACUGAGGAAUUAUCAGAAGAAGGUCGAGUGUGAGUUUGAUAUGAGAGGUGGUGUCUGCAACAAGAAGAACAACAAUGAAGUGUUCGAUGAUGAUUACGACGACGAUGACGGUGCAAGCUGUGCGAGCUCGGAUCUUUUUGAGCUCGAUAAUCUCUCUGUGAUCGGAAUUGAUGGGUAUAGUGAAGAAUUGCCAGUGUAUGAAACAACCCAUCUCGAUACUAAUCGAGCCAUUGCUAAUGGCUUACUUGUGUAAUUCAAAAAAUAGAGAUGGUGAUGUUUUUUUUUAGUUAUUGGUUUGGGGUUUACUUCAAGAGAAAUAAAAGUUAUCAUUUCUCUACUAA